AUGUCGAACCCGGCUGAACUCAGAGCCCAACGAAUAUUUCCCCAAAAUGCUCAACAUAACGCGCUCGUAUUGAGUAAUAUUAAGUUUGUGUCAUCCUGUUUCGCUGGAGCCGUUGCUGGAAUAUUGGGCCUUCAGAAUCUUUACGGAUUUCUGCUCUUUGCACUAUCCUUGUGUGCUACUGCGGGUGUGGUCGCUAGUGUCAGUAUGAAGGGGGCUCCUAUCAAGCGAUAUGCUGCUGGUGGAUGGUCAGGUUUAGUGAAUCCCGGACAAGAAAACAUCUUCUCGUUUGUUUUGUUAUGGACUUUAUUUUACGGAAUUGUGCAUGGUAUGCCUGCCAUUGAAUAUUCGACUGCUGAAUGUGGUCUAGGUCCCCGGUCACACUUUGCGUUCACCGGCAAUAGCCAGGGAAAUGGGAACUCAAAGUUGUUCUGGUUUGUUCUAGGUGGAAUAGCUGCAACUGCCUGGUUCAAGAUCAAGGAACGACGACAACUUUCAGGUUGCAGGCGCCGCCGAGCGCUCGCCUCAUCCGGCGAAUCUUCUUUGCUUGAAGGUACUAACCUUGGAGGGCUAUGUGACAUAGAUGCGGAAACCUCUGAAGCAGCGGUGCAUGUGGCUGAUGCUGCUCUGGAGGCUGCGAUGAGGAUCGUGGGGACGUUAAAGCAGAACCUCCAAGAGCAAAGGAUUCGGGCUUCACAAUCAAACAAUCGAACAGUUCCUGUGGAUCCCCAGUCACCAGCUGUCGCACAGUCUCGUCCACGUUCUCCGAGUUUGAUGGCCGGAUUUCACCACGUCGAAAAGACCAGCUAG